AUGCGCGGUACGCGGGCCCUGCGCCGGCGCAACAUCUCAGUUGAGAGCUGCUCGUCCAAGUAUCAACGUACCCUUAUCACUACAAUGGCAAAGGUUCAGCAAAGACCGAGUAUACCGAAGUUGGAGGUGGUGCAGAGGGUGGCUGCCAUACCUAUCGUCGGCUCUGGCAUCGAAGUCACCGAGAAAGUCUACCACAGGAUCAGGGAGUCAAACCCGCUGAUCCGUUGGUAUUUGUCGCUGGGUGAGAAGUCCUUGGCGACGGGCGUGCAGCUGGCACUACCAGCUGUGCUAUUGUUUGAGACUCCCAUCCAUCAGCUCGACAAGUUCCUCUGCAAGUCACUAGAUGUCGUUGAGAAGACCGUGCCGUCUAUCAAUCUACCGCCACAAGCUAUGUACUCCGAGACCCGUCGGUUCGUUGUACGUCGAGCGGACUCGGUGAAGCAGUUGGGAACAGCAGUGCUGGACUCCAGGGUCACUGCCGUCACCGUCACAGCACUAGACCGAGCGCUGACCACGGCCGACAAGUAUGUCGAUAAGUACUUGCCCCCUGACCAACAGGAUGCGUCGGAUGUGGUGAUCAUAGUGACGAGCGCGGACGAGGUGGACGGCGGCGACAGUGGGCGCGCGCGCGCAGCGCAGGCCGUGCAACAUGGCGCGCGCCUCGGCAGGAAGCUGCAGCGACGGCUCACCAGGCAGGCACUCGCCGAGGCCAAAGCUAUUAAGGAACAAAUCAACGUCCUCGUUUAUGUUGCUGAAUUGAUAGCCACAGAUCCUGUUUUGGCCUGGCAGAAGGCUAAGGAGCUUUUCGCAGAGCUGAGUCAACCGGAGCCAGAGAACCAAGCCCGACCUGCUACCCUGGAGGAACUGGUCGUCCUACUGACGAGGGAGACUGCCAGGAAGAUGGUGCAUCUCAUCCACUACACUCACACUGAUCUACCCAAGAACGUCCGUCAAGGCAUGGCACUGAUUACGAAGACUUUGAACACCGCAACCGAUGCGCUGAUGAAGACUAUGCCCGUGGAGACAGCAAUGUCUGAAGUAAAGGAAUGGCGCGGCAAGCUGGAGACACUCCUGCAACACCUGCAGAGUGCUUCUAAAACCUAUCUGGAGCACUUGGCGAUCUUCCUUGCCGGCAAUGAAGAACGCGAGAAGAUCGCUCCGCGGUCAACUUAUGAACAACGAGAUGCCUUAGCAGCCCUUAAUGGCCUCAACUGA